AUGUAUGCAGUGAGGCGCGUUGGAGAGAUGGUGUUGGAGAAUUGGGGAACUGGCGUCGGACCCGAAACCGUGCGCCACAUCCAGAUCCACAUCCGACGUGAUGUUGGCAAGCUGCGAUCCUUCAUUGUCUGCCGGACGUCUUUCUCCCCGUCACUCAUGGCUGCUGCUGCUGCAUCGCCCGACCCCUCAAUCGCGGCCUUGUCCCUCGGCGGAAGCACGGUGGUCGCCGCGCCCACGCCCACCGCCAGCGACGGCGCCGAGUUCCGCUUUCCCAGCUAUGCUUCGUUCCCGCCCUUCUACACCCUCCAGCCCAACCUGACGACACGCGCGCGUCAGCUCGAGCUGUGGUCUAGCCUCGUCACGUCGUACUGUGCACACCACCGCCUGUUCCGCCUGGCCAUCUCCUCACCGCCGCCCGACCUGUUCGCCAACACCGCCCUCCCGCGUAGUCUCAAGCCGGCCGAUGUGCGCGCGGUGCUCGAUUAUAUGAGCCAGCCCGCCAACGGGCCCCGGGCUGAGUGGAUUGCACCUACCGCGCGCGGAGAGACAAGUAGCGUCUGUUAUAUAUACUGGAAGACGCCCGCCGAGUGGGCUGACCUGCUCUACGCCUUUGUUGAGGACACAGGCCAGAAGGGCGCCGUGCUGACCAUCUACGAGCUACGCGAAGGUGAUGCCAGCCGUGGGAAAGAGUGGAGUGACAUCGACGAGGCUGUGCUGCGAAAGGCGCUGAACGUGCUCGCGAAGCGCGGCAAGGCACAAAUAUUUGGUCAAGAGGACAGCGCCGGCGUCAAAUUCUUCUGA